UUAGCGAGUGUUUAGCGUUUCGCUCCAUUACUGGUUCGGCUGUGUCACUGACAUAGAGGGAAGUAUUAAAGCUUGGCAGUAGCGCUGCAGCAAUAUAUUGAAUAAAGCUGAAAUUUUAUUUUUUAAGAAAAAAAAAAUGCAUACUGACGCUUCAGCCAAGCUGGAGUUCGCGGUGCAGAUGACGUGUGAGAGCUGCGUGGAUGCCGUUCGGUCCGCUCUGCUGGGGGUACGAGGAGUGCACUCAGUGGAGGUGGACCUCGCACGGGAGCAAGUUGUGGUAGAGUCUGUGCUGACAUCGCAAGAAGUGCAGGCUCUUAUUGAAAGCACAGGGCGGCAUGCAGUGCUGAAGGGGAUGGGCAGCACAGAGCAGGACCUUGGUGCAGCUGUGGCAAUCCUGGAUGGAGCAAGUUCAGUCAAGGGGGUAGUUCGAUUCUUGCAGAGUUCACCAGAGUGCUGCCUGAUCGAUGGGACUAUUGAUGGCUUGGAACCAGGCCUCCAUGGCUUGCAUGUUCAUGAGCUGGGAGACCUGACAUUGGACUGCCUGAGCUGUGGAGAGCACUUCAAUCCAUUCAAGAAACAACAUGGAGCCCCAGAAGACUUGGAGAGGCAUGUAGGUGACUUGGGCAACAUCCUGGUAGGACCAGAUGGCAGAGCGUCAUUCCGGUUAGAAGACAAUCAGCUUAAGGUGUGGGACAUUAUUGGGCGAUCUAUAGUUGUGAGUUCGGGGGAGGAUGACCUGGGCAAAGGGGGGCACCCUUUGUCUAAAGAAACUGGAAAUUCUGGGGAGAGGCUAGCAUGUGGGAUCAUUGCGCGCUCAGCAGGCCUCUUUAAGAACCCCAAGCGGAUCUGUGCUUGUGAUGGAGUUUCUCUCUGGGAGGAGAGAGCGCGCACUCUUUCAGCCCUUGAACGCAGGGAAACCCAGACACCAGCAGCCAAUCUGUGAAGAGACUGCUUUGCUGUAAACUGAUUGGUGAUAGACUGGAGACCUGCAUUAAGAGUGAUAAAAUCCUUGCUGAUACUCAUCUAAGCUGGUGACAGUGAUGGAGCUUUUGUACAGGUUUUCAGUAUGACCAAGCUGGUAUUUUCAUUCACUUAAGCCACACUCAGAUUUUCAUUUGGAUAAUCUAUGAAUUUCAUAACUAAAAAAGUAAAAUAAUUAUUUUAAAAUGUAGAGUUCUUGACUGUUUCUGGUUUGAGAUACUCCGCAGCUUUGAGUAAUAUUCUAUUACUCUGUCCUAAUGAAAACAGAUCAAAGAAGAUUGUGAUGCCUCGUGACUAAUAAUUUAUACGUUAACGUUUCAAGCUGUAAUAGCUGUGAAGAGCUUAUUUGUUAUUUAAUUAUCCUGGCAUGGUUCUGAGACUGUUUCCCUUAUGUGUUGACGUAAGGGACGCAUCACUGUUUGCAUCUUAUAGAGAUGAAUGCUUUGACAUAUUCUAUUUCUAUUUCUUUUUUGAGCCUUUAUACACAAUUACUUUUAAGUGUCUUUUUAAUAUCUCUAAUUCUUAAUAAUGAAUAACUGAGCAAUAAUUAAGGCAAAACCUCAUUUUCAGCAAGCAAAUCAAAUCCAUCUUCAGUGUCAGAAACCUGGGCACAAAGGAGAUGUUUUAGCUUCUUAGUUAACAGUUGGAUGGGCUGCUACCUGCUGAUUAUCUAUCAGGAGUCUGAAGUGAUAACCUAGGAGUCAGUUCUCUAGCAUAUAGAAACAAUUUUCGAUGAGCACUACCAUGAACUGAACUUGGAAAUACAGCACUGGUACGCCCACCAUCACCGUAUCCAUGAGUCUUGGCCCCCCCUCAUAGCCCCAUCUUUCUAGUGCUUAUAGACCAAUCUUUCCCAGAGCCUAUUUAAUGUUCACAUUGCUUCUAUAUCAAACAUUUCAUGCUAUAUGUGAAUCAUAUUAAUACCAUGCUUCUGGCUGCUGUCAAUUCUGCCCGGUAUUACCAGACAGCUUAUUGCAUAUCGGGAAGAGAUGUAUCCAUUUUCUGGCAAGCUUAUCAGUAUUUAAUGAGACAGGGGCACUUGUACAGACAGCUUCUGGAUCACUACUUUGCAUAGAUUGCGAUAGUUGCGGUGUUUGCCUUUCUGUUGCUACAAUGGCCGUGGGCAUCUGCUCCUGUCUGGAGGUGUUUAACUUUCUGAAGGAUAAUUUCUUGAUGAACAGCCUGAUCCACUGACAGCUUCUGCUACUUAAGCUCAAUGUCAGCUAUACCCAGAUAGCUGCGCAGAUGGUGCGGGCUCUGGUCAAGGUCUAUGACUUGUUUUUCUUUCACAUAAGUGGUUGAACUCAUGUGCGUAUGAUGCUCUAGUGUAUGUCUCAGCAAUACCCCAACCAACUGAAAUAAAAUUACGAUGAUGGUAUGUUGCACAAAGCCAUUAAUGUCAAUGACGUGCACAUUAUUCAGGAUAGAGCUCUGCCUGCUGAACACAAAAAAGGCACGAGAGCAUUGCAUUAAUUAGACUGAAUAAAUUUUAAGAAUUCUAUCAGUUAUGACAUGUUCCAGACUCUGUCUGUAUACGGUGGCUUCAGAAAGUAUUCGGACCCUUCCACCUUUGCGUUGUAGACUUAUUUCAGAAUGGACUCAAUUCUUUUUUGCCAUCUAUGAACACACAAAACCCUCAAGCCACAAUACAGCUCAGUCACUUUAUCCUCACAUACCUUUGCAGUGUACUGAUCAAAGCUCUUGCUAUGAAUAGUUUCACAAUGUGUGAACAUUGUACUCUUUGGCAUCAGCAAGCUGCUGCAUUCAGAUCAAGCAUUUGUACACUUUUAAAGUAAAAUAGUAAUCCUGGGGAUAAGGUGUCAUCGGGCAUUUGAGGACAUUGCUGUGUAAUAGAUGUAUUUACUGCAUAACUUAGUCAUUAGUGUGCUGUUAGUGCUAGUUCACAUAAUGCAUAAUUACAGUAUUUAGUCACGGCUUAAAACCCACUCAUUCAUCAUGUGGGCCAAAUAUUUGACACCCUCUGUUCUAAAUUUUCUGCAAAGAGAUUAAGGAGUAAUGUGAUAUACAGCAUGGACAAGUUUUACGUGUGCUGUCCCAGUCGGGAGAAAGCUUGAUUCUGGAAAUAAAAGACUGUUACAGGCCACACUAUGCAGAUCACACCAUGCAAAGUCAUACAAAUUUCAGCUGUACUGUGAGAUACAGUUCAUGGAGAUUAGAAUGUUGCAUACAGGACUCUACAAGCGACACACACCACGAAUGAAAGUAACCAAGUCACUGGCUUGGCAUAAGAUGGAAGAGGCAGACAAAAGGAGUUCUUGCUUGAAGAUAAGAGAGAAUGGCUCUAAGAUACCCAGAUUAUUUUGAACUGAGCUGUGAAGAAGGCCAUAAAUGCCCAGGAAGCAUAGGAUUCAACUGAUAAUGCAAUAGCUGUCAAAGGACUUUGUGUUUCAGAGUUUCGUAGCAAAUUAUAGCAGGGCACUUCCAUUUUUCUAGUCUUUUCCAUGUUGUUAUUGUGGCCACUCACUGACAACAUGCAGCCAGUGGUGGCCGUAGGCCCAAGUGAUGCCGUCUACAACGCCUGUGCAAAUGAAAUAAACAGCUUCUUGGUUCCAAGACCAAAAAAAAAA